CCUGCAGCAGACUCUCUUCAGGGGAAGGGUCCCCAUCCCACCUCGUCAUGUCUCGACGAAGCCAACGCCUCACGCGCUUCUCCCAGGGUGACGAUGACGGCAGCAGCAGCAGUGGAGGGAGCUCCGUGACGGGGAGCCAGAGCACCCUGUUUAAAGACAGUCCUCUCAGGACCUUGAAGAGGAAAUCCAGCAACAUGAAGCACCUCUCCCCGGUGCCACAGCUGGGCCCCUCCUCCGAUGGGCACACCUCCUACUACAGUGAGUCGGUGGUCAGGGAGUCCUACAUUGGCAGCCCCCGGGCCGCCGCCCUCGCCAGGAGCUCCAUCCUCGAUGACCAGCUGCACAGUGACCCCUACUGGAGUGAGGACCUGCGGGUGAGGAGGAGGAGAGGCACAGGUGGCACCGAGAGCAGCAAAAUCAAUGGGCUGGCCGAGAACAAGGUCUCGGAGGACUUCCUCGGGUCCUCCUCCGGCUACUCUUCUGAGGAUGACUACGCAGGAUACUCAGAGACGGACCAGCAGAGCUCAGGUUCACGGUUAAGGAACGCUGUGUCCCAGGCAGGCUCUUUUCUCUGGAUGGUGGUCACUUCUCCAGGCCGGCUCUUUGGACUCCUCUACUGGUGGAUCGGCACCACCUGGUACCGCCUGACAACGGCCGCCUCCCUCCUGGACGUCUUUGUUUUAACCAGGCGCGUCUCGUCCCUGAAGACCUUCCUGUGGUUCCUCUUGCUACUGCUGCUCCUGACUGGCCUGACCUACGGUGCUUGGUAUUUCUACCCCUACUGGCUGCGGACAUUCCACCCUGCCAUGGUUUCCUGGUGGGCAGCGAAGGGCAGCAGCAGGCAGUAUGAAGUGUGGGAGUCCAGAGACUCGUCCCCACAGUUCCAGGCUGAGCAGCGCAUUCUGUCCCGGGUACACUCUCUGGAGCGGCGCCUGGAAGCUCUUGCUGCCGAGUUUUCCUCCAACUGGCAGAAGGAGGCCAUGCGGCUGGAACGCUUGGAGCUGCGGCAAGGGGCCUCUGGGGAGGGAGGCGGCAGCAGCCUGAGCCACGAGGACACCCUGGCGCUCCUGGAGGGGCUGGUGAGCCGCCACGAGGCUGCCCUGAAGGAGGACUUCCGCAAGGACACUGCUGCUCGGAUCCAGGAAGAACUGGUCGCCGUGAGAGCAGAACACCAGCAAGACUCAGAAGACCUCUUCAAGAAGAUUGUCCAGGCCUCCCAGGAGUCUGAGGCUCGACUCCAGCAACUGAAGUCUGAAUGGCAAAGGAUGACCCAGGAGUCCUUCCGGGAGAGCUCCAUGAAGGAGCUGGAGCGGCUGGAGGGCCAGCUGGCAGGCCUGCGGCAGGAGCUGGCAGCCUUGACCCUGAAGCAGAGCUCGGUGGCUGACCAAGUGGGCCUGCUGCCCCAGCAGAUCCAGGCCGUGCGGGACGACGUGGAAUCUCAGUUCCCCGCCUGGGUCAGUCAGUUCCUUCUUCGAGGUGGGGGAACCCGCGCUGGGCUCCUUCAGCGAGAGGAGGUGCAAGCGCAGCUGCAGGAGCUGGAGAGCAAGAUCCUCGCCCACGUGGCCGAGAUGCAGGGCAAGUCAGCGAGGGAGGCCGCAGCCAGCCUGGGGCUGACGCUGCAGAAGGAGGGUGUGAUCGGGGUGACAGAGGAGCAGGUGCACCGCAUUGUAAACCAGGCCCUGAAGCGCUACAGCGAGGACCGCAUCGGGAUGGUGGACUACGCGCUGGAAUCGGGAGGGGCCAGUGUCAUCAGUACCCGAUGUUCCGAGACCUACGAGACCAAGACGGCCCUCCUCAGCCUCUUUGGCAUCCCCCUGUGGUACCACUCCCAGUCGCCCCGAGUCAUUCUCCAGCCAGACGUGCACCCAGGCAACUGCUGGGCCUUCCAGGGGCCCCAGGGCUUUGCUGUGGUUCGCCUGUCUGCUCGCAUCCGCCCCACUGCUGUCACCUUAGAGCAUGUGCCCAAGUCCUUGUCACCCAACAGCACCAUCUCCAGUGCCCCCAAGGACUUUGCCAUCUUUGGGUUUGAUGAAGACCUGAAGCAGGAGGGGACACUCCUUGGCCAGUUCACCUACGACCAGGAUGGGGAGCCCAUUCAGACAUUUUAUUUUCAGGAUCCUAAAAUGGCCACGUACCAGGUGGUGGAGCUGCGGAUCCUGACUAACUGGGGCCACCCCGAGUACACCUGCGUCUACCGCUUCAGGGUACAUGGGGAGCCCGCCCACUAGGCCUUCUUUGUGCCGCUGCCAGCCGGCUGGGAGGCCAGCUCCUCUCCGCAUGCGCCGCCUUCUCUGGGAGCGGGUGAGCAGCAGCCCUGCCACCCCCUACAUGCUUGAUCAGCGCACUGACUUCCAGGAGCAAGCAGAGUGCCUGGCCCAAUGGGGAUGAGAAGGAACAUGCAGGCUUUCCUAGCAGCAGGGUGGCUCGAGGUGGACAGCAGGCUCCAGUGUCUCUUUUCAUUCUUUGUUCCCCUCAUGCCAGGCAUCGGGGUCUCCUUCCUCCUCCUGGAAGGGUGUAUAUAUGUAGCAUAUCAUGGGGGAUUGAGAGGCAGGGGGACAGGUGAUGAAUGAACAUGUCCCAUGGUGGAGGGGCUGGCACCUAGGGAGCUGCCGUUGGGAGGUGUGCGAAUGAAGCAUGUGCCAAAGCCAUGGGUAGGACAAGCUAGGGCCUGGGACAGGUGAGCUGCCCCCUCCCCAGGCAGGAAAGUGAGGCCCUCUGGGAGGAG